AUGGCAGACGAGGAGUUGAUCAACAAGAUUCACGAGCUCAGCGACUUGGAGCUCGCCGCAUUGAUAUGUUUAGUCGCAGAGGAGCACUGUAUCAUUGAUACUGAUCCUGACGCUCUAGAUGAUCUCGUACAGGAGUUACAACUGGUCGCAUCUAAAGUCUUCGGCUUAACCUAUGCUGUCAUUGAUUGCAACAGCCAUACCACUCUCGACGAUUUCGCCCAUGCCAUCCUUUCCGUCGAUGCCACGCCUCCUCGAACCGAUUCCCCCUUGCUAAAUCGCCGCGACUCCUACUUCCUGCAAACUCCCGCAUUUCAGUCAAUUAAUCGAUCAUCUGUGUCGGAAACGACCGAUAACAAGACGAUAGCAAAUGUAAUCAUUGCCAGGAAUCUUGAUGAAGCAUCGCGGCAGAUACAGAUUCAGGCUUUAGAGCUAAUGCGAACGAAACGACUUUUCACAAGGACUUCCAUACAAAAUGCGCCGAAACGUUUCUUGUUUAUUGCGGCCAUAGCAGGCGGCCAGGGCCCCAGGUUGACGAAACAUUUAAAUGACUAUAUGUUCAUUUCCCAUGUACACGAUCCACAAGAUGGCUUCCCGAACUUAGAAGAUUUGUUUACAGACGAUACGACCUCAACUCUAUCUGUAGUGAAGAGGAGUUCAACGCUACAAGCUGAAGAAAGUUUAUGGGCGAGAAUAUCUCCAAUGGAUAUAGAAAAUCUAGCUCAGCAGAGUAAAAACACUACUGUUACUGUUGAGGUAAAGCAAUAUCAGCAAAAUAUUGCUUCGUUCCUGAGAAUUCACCGUGCUGUAGCGACUGGUAUAUCUGCAAUUGCCACAAAGCAUUUUGAUAAGCUAGUCCGAUGUCUCGCACCAUUUCAUGGGCUCCCAUACGUUACGCCAUCUCUUGUUGCUCUUGCCGCUAGAAAAAUCUAUCUUCAUCGUAUCGAGAUCGCAAAUCCAGAGAGAGAACGCAGUAUGCAGUGGGGUAGUGAUUUAGAUGCAGUAAGAGAACUCUUGGAUGGCAUAGGACCAGAAGACGUAAUUGAGGAUGUUUUGGGUAGUGCUGGAGCCGAGGCUCCUUUGUAA